AUGAGCGCUCUGUCAGCACUGUGCGGUUUUCUCCGUCUCUGCGGCUCUGCUCAGGCUGAUGUGCGGCUGUCACCCUGGGGUCACCUGCAGGCGGACAAGAUGGACGAGCCAUCCUUUUGCCCCUUCUCCACCAGAUCCCAGACCUCCAGACCCUCAGACCCUCAAACCUCCAGACCCUCAAACCUCCAGACCCUCAGACCCCCAGACUCCUAG